AUGGCCGCUGCAAUUUCAGUUGUUAUGCCUUCAACAUACCAUGGUCUGUGCACUUUUUAUAUUAGAGUCAAUUUCAUGAAACACCUUGGGAACUAUUACAAGGAUGGUAGUAAUUUCCCAUAUAGAUUUGCUGAAUGUAUGUAUGAGAUAGAAGAUGAAAAUGAGUUUAUCAUGGUCUGGGAUGCAAUGCUAAAAGAACACAAGCUCGAAACAAAUGAAUGGUUGUGUGGCAUUUAUGCAUGCCGAAAGAAAUGGGCAAAAUGCUUCAUAAAAGGCGCCUGGACUGCAGGUAUGCGUAGCACCCAACUAAGUGAGAGUCUAAAUGCUUCCAUAAAAAAUUAUCUGAAACUUGAUCAUGAUCUGGCUCAAUUCUUCAAACAUUUUAACCGAGUUGUGGAUGAAAAAAGAUAUAAUGAACUAAGAGUUGAGUAUCACAGUCGACAGAAGCUGCCAAUGUUGGGAUUGCAACAGACUCCCAUACUGAUCCAGGCAGCUCCUAUAUACUCUCCAUGCAUGGUUGUUGCAUUCCAGAAUGAAUACGAUGAAUCCACUACAAUGGUGAUCUUGGACCAAAAGCAUACUACAAUGCAUGUGGAAUACAGUGCCAGUCACUAUGAUGGAGGAAGGGAGAGAAGAGUGAUAUUGAAUCCAAUAACUAAAGACAUUACUUAUAGUUGUAAUCUUUUUGAGCAAGAAGGAAUCCUAUGCUCACAUGCUUUAAAGGUGUAUGAUAUGGUUGGAACAAAGUUUAUUCCUGAUCAAUAUGUGACAAAGAAGUGGACAAAGAAGGCAAGGUCCGGAGACAGCGUCGAUUGCAAGGGUAGAGAAAUAUCAUCAGAUCCGUCUCUCUUUAUUUCCUAUCGAUAUAGGCUAUUAGCACCCGAAAUGGUAAGACUUGCUACCAGGGCUGCCAUGUCAGAAGCCAUUACAAAGUUAGUCAGUAGCGUAAUGUCUGAAUUGUCAAAGAGAGUCGAAAUGCUAUUUUGUGGAGAAAUAGAUGAAAUAACAUAG